UAUCGCUGUCAGAAUCGACGCAUUGAUCAGUGAACUUAGUCUGUUUGCCUUUGAUAAGAAAUUCAUGUUUACUUUCUUCUAGUGAGAAUAUCUCGAAUCAUUCAGUACCCGGAUUUAUAGGAGGACGUACUUAAUUAGCAAUCAAGAGGAAAUUUCUUAAUUAGCAAUCAAGAGGAAAUUCGUUAAUGAGCGAUUAAUACAAUGAAAAAAAAUUGCUAGAUUAUGGAGUCCAUGUUAAAUUGGAAUUUAUGUUGACGAGUAUAGAGAGAGCGAGUAUUCCGAAAGGGCAACAUGACCGCUAAAAAUAAAAAGAAAGAUGGCGGCGGAGACGCUAAAGCCAGAAAUGGCGGGAAAAACGGAAAGGUCAACGGGAAGGAGCAGGGGAAACUCCUGAAGGACGAGAAGAAGCAGAUUCGUCAGAGGCGGGACUCAGAGGACUCUCAGGUGUCCUUUGAGAGUGUGGAGGACUACAUCCCCACCCCACCCGAUGGGGGCUGGGGCUGGGUCAUCGUCUGCUCCUCCGUCUUCUGCAACCUCAUUGUGGAUGGCAUCGGGUACAGUUUUGGUGUUUUCUUGCAGGAGUUUGUGGAGUAUUUCAAG